AGUUGAAUUCACUUUUUUUUGUAUAAAUACAAUAUUUUAUGCAGUGAAUGAUUAUAUUCCAUUAUUGCACUUUGAAGAGACAGCAGCAAUACCUUUUUAAUUAAUUCAAAAUGUUUAAAAUUACAAUUAUUGCUCUCUUCGCUAUUUUGGCAUCAGCUUCUGCCAAACCAGGAGUAAUCGCUCCACUAGCUUACUCAGCUCCUCUAAUUGCUGGUCCUGGAAUUGUUACUGCAACCAGUAACCAAGUAAUUGCAAGAAACUACAAUGGAAUUGCUGCUGCUCCUUUAUUAGCUGCUGCUCCAAUUGCUGCACCACUUUUGGCUUCUGCUCCAAUUGCUGCACCUCUAACAGCUGCUCCAUUUGGAUUUCCUUCAGCAGCUUAUUCAGCACCAUUGAGAUAUGCUGCUGCUUAUAAUUAUGCUACUGCUCCAUUUGCUCCAUUGGGAUCCUUGAGCUAUGCAGCUCCAGCUCAAUAUAUCAUUUAAAUCAAAGACUGAAGUUAUAACUUUUAGCAAUAAAAACAUU